UUCGGUUUUAUUGAUCCAAAUUGUUUUAUUGUUACCCAAGUGCGAGCUCGCCGUGUGACAUAUUAGUAACAUUAUGGCUCAGCAGGUUGUGGAGCAUAACCGGACUGUUUUAGAUUCACUAGAAGAAGGGGACCUGGUAGAGUUCAAUAGGGGCUUAUAUUCGCACUGGGCCGUCUACAAAGGAAGCAGCGAUGUCAUCCAUCUAGCUGGCAUCGGAAAUGAAGGCGUUAAUGCCAACUCUAGUUCUGUCUUCACUAUCUGCGGUCAGAGAUUCAACAAAGCGGUCGUUCGCGUCGACGAUUUCUGGAAGGUUGCCGGUGAUUCGAAGGCCUACAAGAAAAGUUGCAACACGAGGUUUUCCCCUCAAAAAAUAUUAAAAAGAGCCAUGGAUAAGAUUGGGGAGAUAGGCUACAACCUACUGCGGAGCAACUGUGAACAUUUCGCAAAGUACUGUAGAUACGGGGAGGAAAAGAGCGAACAGGUGGAGAAGGUCGUCAAGGUUGCUGGUGCCGCCGCGGUUGGUAUUGGUGUGGGUGCGUUAUACUACGGGAUGUUAAAGAAGAAGAAAAAAAAAGAUGAAUAAAACAAUAAUGACUUCAAAGUUGAUUAUGCGUUUUAAUAAGUAAGCAUUUUGAUUUCACAAGUGUCAUGUAUCGUCAGAUGUUCUAUAAAUAUACAGUGUUAUAACUUG